AUGGACAAUUUCCUCAAUACACAACUGCAUCCCGCAGACACUUGCAGCAUUUGCACCGACCACUUUAGCGCGACCCAUCAGCCUGUGGCACUUGCCUGCAAGCACAUAUUCGGCCAUGAAUGCAUCAAGACAUGGCUCAAGCGUGGUAGGGGAAACACGAACGCCUGUCCAACUUGCCGUUAUGUAGUGGUCCCCAAGCUGAAACGACGCAAAUCCUUCGACGUGGCCUCUAGCUGGCAAGCAUUAUGCGACCAACCGCCUGAGCGUCUGAAUGCGUUCAUGAUGAAGAUAUGGUCUGGCUUGCAAGUACUCUGGCAGCGGGAACCCACCGGCGCCUUCACAGUAACCUCCGUCCUUGACCAAGCCAUCAUCCCCGCCCUCAUCAACACCGCACUCGGUACCAAUGCGCCAGAUGACCGGAGACAAGAUUCUGUCCUAGAUUGCUACAAUCUCGUCGCUGCAUCCUGGGACUCAUUGGGCCGCCCCGAUAUAGCGACUGGUCUUGCCAUCCCGCUGGUUCGACUUGCGCGUUUGAUAGCCAGCGCAGGUGCUGUACUACCAAAAUGGCUGACUACAAAUCCGCGUGCAAACAGACUGAUUUGGCGCGCGAAUGCCUGCUUACCCAUUGGCGAAGAAGACAUAUCGUGGCGCUACAUCAUCGAAGCCUCUCGGCAAACCGAGUCGUCUUACUUUCCGUUGCUGCACCUCUAUACCGUGCUCAUUAGCCAGAGUAUCGCACAUUAUCCGGCUCCAGUGCCGUACCCGACCAGACGCCAUGAGAUCAUGAACCUAGUGGUUGAGCGUUGUUGUGCGAAAAUUGGCGGUGGUGGAGCUGCGUGGAAAGGCAGGCCAGACGAUGAGCUCAAAGAUGUUUUGGUUGGAGUAUACGGCGAACUGCGAAGGUAUCAACUAGAAAAAGGCAAGAUUAGCCUUCGAGGUCGCGACGGUGAGGAUGCGGUCGUAAAGGGCAUAUGGGCUCUCGCUGGCUGGGGCAGCGGACGAGGU